AAGAGAGAGAGAAAUUAUAUGCCUUUAAUCUAAAUUCUAGAUAUUCAAUAUACAUAGUGUGUGUGUGUGUGUGUGUGUGUUGAUCCCAGAGGAGAUUGAGGAGGAAGAGAUAGGAGAGGAUUAUGGGAAGCAGCUUUCUCGCUCCACCAGUGAAGAAGCGGUCGAUAUUGUACUCUGAAGCUGGUUUGGCCGACCCCAACCCGUAUGCAGCAAAUGGGUCAUCCAAGCGCUCCAAGUCCAAGCACCCACCGCCUCCCCUGAGUAUCCCCCCGGGUCAUAUCGCUUUCCGAUUGCUCUGCCAAGCUUCCCGAAUCGGCGGCGUAAUUGGCAAGUCUGGCUCCGUCAUACAGAACCUCCAGCAAGUUACGGGGGCUAAGAUCCGCGUCGAAGAUGCCCCAUCCGAAUCACCGGACAGGGUCAUUGUUGUGAUUGCGCCGAGUGCUCUCAGCGGCAAGGUUUUUCUUAGACCCCAGAGUCAGAAUUUGGAUUCGGAACCGGCUGAGGAGGGUAGCGAUAAUGGGGAUGACGGCGGCGAAGAUGAAGCUGUUGACGUCUCGAAAGCUCAGGAAGCACUGUUAAAGGUGUUCGAGAGGAUUUUGGAUGUUGCGGCGGAGACUGAGGGCAUUAAAGUGGAGGAUGGAGUAGUGUCCUGUAGGCUGCUGGCGGAUGCGGCACAGGUUGGGGCGGUCAUUGGGAAGGGAGGGAAGGUGGUGGAGAAGAUUAGGAAGGACAGUGGAUGUAAAAUUAAAGUUUUGGCAGACAAGUUGCCUCCUUGCACUGCCCCAUCGGACGAAAUGAUUGAGAUAGAGGGCAAUGUGCAGUCCGUGAAGAAGGCACUUCUUGCUGUUUCUCGCCGUCUUCAGGAUUUUCCUCCAUCCAGCAGGACAAAAAUCUGGGGUAGCAAGCCUCAUGAAGUGGUUCAACAUGAAAGCUUAGGCGCAGUUCCCCAUGAUACUUUAACCAUAGUUCCACGUGAGACUUUACCUCAUUUGCAUGCAGACCACCUUCUGCAGAGAAGCUCUGUGGUAUCUUCUAUGCCCAGCAGCUAUGCUUCAGGAGUUCAUUCAGUGUCGGCUGAGGUAAACAGAGUCUCAACUCUGGAUCCAACAACACUUAAGCAGGAAGUUUCCUUUAGAAUUCUUUGCUCAAAUGAUAGGGUUGGUGGUGUAAUUGGUAAAGGUGGCAGCAUUGUUAGAGCCCUUCAGAAUGAGACUGGGGCUACUAUAAGUAUUGGUCCUUCAGUAGAAGAAUGUGAGGACAGAUUGAUUACUGUUACUGCUUCUGAGAAUCUUGAAUCAAGAUAUUCCCCAGCACAGAAGGCUGUUGUCCUUGUUUUCUCCAGGGCUGUAGAAGCAGGCAUUGAGAAGGGGUUAGACUCAGGAUCAAAGGGGUCAUCUGUUGCUGCAAGACUUGUGGUUUCAUCAAACCAAGUUGGUUGUUUAUUGGGGAAAGGAGGAUCAAUUAUCACAGAAAUGCGGAAAGCAACUGGUGCUAGCAUAAAAAUAAUGGGGACUGACCAGGCUCCAAAAUGUGCAUCACAUAACGAUCAAUUAGUGCAGAUAUCUGGAGAGUUUUCAAAUGUUCAAGAUGCUUUGUAUAAUGCAACUGGCAGAUUGCGAGAUAAUCUUUUUUCCAGCACACAGAACAGUGUUGGAACUAAAACCAUGACCUCUGGAUUACCUGAUGCCAGUCCUCAUGGGAGAUUGAGGGAUCCUGUUCCGAUUGGUGUCCAACCGGCCAUCGGUGUUUCUCAUAGUUUGAGCAGACAUACUAUGUCUCAAAACAUUGAUCAAGUUGUUUCUCGCUAUUUAGAUAACUCCUCUUCACCAGGGUCAUGGGCACCACGGAUGGUUUCUGGGAUAAACUCAAGAGGCGUUAAUGAUGUUGGCAGGGGAUUGACUUCUCUAAAAGGUGGCUUAGAACUUGGCAGUGGAAGCAAAAUUGCCAUGGUGACUAACACAACUGUAGAAAUUGUUGUUCCUGAUGAUGUCAUUGGCUCGGUGUAUGGGGAAAAUGGUAGCAAUUUGACUCGUCUGAGAAAGAUUUCAGGUGCCAAGGUUAUUGUCCAUGAACCUCGUCCAGGAACAAGAGAAAGGACCAUUGUCAUAUCUGGUACACCUGAUGAAACCCAAGCAGCUCAGAGCCUUCUUCAAGCAUUUAUCCUCACAGGUUCUUCAUGACUGAAACCCCAGGGAUGGCCUUUUUUCCUUGUCCUUUCACUCAAUUUUCCCCACUUCUAUUCAUGUACAUUAAAAUGGAAAUAUUUAGGUCUUGUGGCAAGCCAAUCCAGGCAUUUUUCGCUUAAUUGAAUCCAUCUCAAGUAAAUCACUCAACAUUUGUUUACUGAUUCAAUGCCACAACAACUUGAUUCUGUAGGGAUAAUUUAGUGUAAGCCUUCAUCAGACGGUAUUCUCAUCA